UUCCAUCUACGCUGUAUUGACCGUUGGCUGCUGCGCAAUCACCGCCGCUGUCCGGCCUGCAAUCAAACUAUUCAAAUUCCUGGUCUUCCUGAUGAAGUGCCGGCAGCCUCUGCCAAUACAGCCAACUUAGUCCCAUCUGCUGAACAACCAGGUGAUGCCUUAUCUGCAACCGGGCUCCGCCGAGGUAUUGUAAGAUCCAACAGGCGUCGACGAUCUUCUAAUAGGACCGCUGCUUCUCGUGGCCUCCUUGGCACAGAUGUAGCUACCGAAGGGGCAGAUGGACCCCUAGACAGCGGGGAUCAAGUCGUAGCGAAUGUAUCACUAGCACAAUCCGCAUCGUUGUUGCCGCAUCGACAACAACGGAGCUGGUGGCUUUGGUGGCGAAGGCAUGAGAGUGCGAUGCAACAGCCUCACAGUGAUUUUUCAAGUGGCGAUGACGAAGAGGACGAAAGAAGUAGUAACGGAGCGGAAGCUGGAGCGAACGAAGGAAGAUCAGAAUAUUAUGUCGACUCUCCUCUUACAAGCGUAGUCAGGGACAGCCCUCAACCAACUGACUUGCGGACCGAUCUGGUCCCCGGAAGCCGACAACUGCCUGCAAUGACAGUAUAUUGCCGCUCUGAUCACAAUUCGCGUCAUCGUUCGCGUCGCCACGUCAGAGCCCAACGGGUACACUGCUCCUCUGAAGGAGAAAGGAGGCGAUCGGUUAAAAAGGAGGAUCUACGGCCUUUAUUAUAUGUACAAGAUGAUAUAGAUGAGGACCUGGCUACUGGGGGGGGUGAUGCAGAUGCCUUGAUUACAGCCUCUAAUCAGUCAUCUGCCCUUCAUGAUGCUGAGGAUUCGCCUUUCCUCGACUUAUUGAUCCAUUCUCAUCCUGGACUAACUCAGCCUUCGACGAUUCCAGAUACUGGCAGCCGCGCAUCUCCUAAAUCAGAUGUGCAUUCGCAACCUAUCACAUUGCAAGCUACAUCUACAUUACUCAGCACAGCACCUCACGUGCUGGCAGCCAACAUAGAUGAUGUUCCUAUCCUCUGCCUUACUACGGAUGCCCCACCAACCCUGGCAUCGACGUUCGUCCAGCCAGGUGAUGACGAACCUCUCCUUCAUCCUUCUCCAGAAUCGGACCCCCAAGUUUAG